UAUAAAGUUGUACAUUCAGUCGUAUUUUUAAAAAAUCAGAGAAUCACCGAAACAACGAGUUAUGAGAGCGAAUCAAAUUAAUGAUAUUUAGGUUUAAAUAUAUAUAUUUUUCAACCGUGGAAAGAGAAUGAGUGGAGAUAGCUUGUGCUGAGAAUCCGUGUAUAAAGGUAGACGCACUUUUAGGACGCACAACAUUUCAAAACCGUUUCAACUGACUCCACAAGAGAUCAGCCAUGGAUUUUUACAUCAACGCGGACUAAAGUUCGUUCUUGAAGAGGUCCGACCCGCUCCGCUCCGACCCUGUCCCAUACCAGCCCGAAUAGUGCAGCAGGUGGAGGAUGGCAGAGAGAGUGACUUGGUGGCGAGCGUUUCUGGGGAACAAUAAGAGAACAAGUACCAAGGACAUCGCCACUCAGCUCCCCGACGCAGUGAAGGACCCUCUGACGCCCAGCACACAGGGAGUCCUAGCAACACAGGGCCUCCUAGCAACACCACACUCAGCAGCAGCCCCCAAACUCCCAACCGACCAACAGCCACCAGCAUCACAACAGCCACCAGCAUCACAGCAGUCACCAGCAUCACAGCAGUCACAGGCACCAGUCAGUACAGGCAACAGCCUCUUCAGCGACGAGACCUUCGAUGACUCCCAGUUUGAGUCGGUCUUCAACGAACAGACGUGUCGUAGGAACCUGAGGGUGUCUCGGUCAGGCCGGUUUAAGGAGAAGAAGAGGGCACGCUCCAGUCUUCCUACGGGGAAAGAGGACGUACGAUGACGAGGAUGGCGAUGAGGAUGAGGGAGAUAGUGGCCAAAGACUGCUCUUACUUCUGAACUUUAUUUCAACAUGGCCGUCCGUUCUGGGGAAAGAGGAAGGUAGAUGAAGAUGAAUUGUAAGUUGAAGAUAAGUUGAUGGUAAAUUGAAGAUAAGUUGAGGGUAAAUUGAAGAUAAGUUGAGGGUAAGUUGAAGAUAAGUUGAGGGUAAGUUGAAAAUAAGUUGAGGGUAAGUUGAAGAUAAGUUGAGGGUAAGUUGAAGAUAAGUUGAUGGUAAAUUGAAGAUAAGUUGAGGGUAAAUUGAAGAUAAGUUGAGUGUAAGUUGAGGGUAAAUUGAAGAUAAGUUGAGGGUAAGUUGAAGAUAAGUUGAGGGUAAGUUGAAAAUAAGUUGAAGAUAGUGAUUUGAGACUUUUACCCUUUGGAACCCUUUUGUCAGUACUAAGGAGUCUGUCCGUUCCACUGCUUCUGUUUCUUCACCAAUCAACAUGAGAUUCAUUUCAUUGAUUUUGAUUUAUUGAUCCCUUAUGGGAAAUUGAACUGUGUGUUGAACUGUGUUUCCCAUCACAAAGAAAGUGAACUGAUCAGAAAUGAAGUUAUACUCUCCUGUACCUCCUGUCUUGUUACAUUAUAAUGGACUGCUGAUUGGCAGUAGGUGAACGUUUCUCAGUGACAGCUAGGUAGGUACUUAACAGUCCUUCCCUGAGGAAAUCACAGGUCUGACAAGGUUUGAUUGAUUUAAAGCAAUAGGAAGACAAGUGUGUCUUUACUAAUCCAAUCCCAUAAAGAUCAGUGGUUAGGCUCCUUCAAGAAAGGAAGGAAGUGAGGGAGGAAGGAACGAACGAAGGAAGGA